AUGUCAUCUGCGCCUAUUUGUGAUCGUGUUAAUACAUAUGCUAAUAAAAGCAGAGUUAUACCUGGUUAUGAGGGGAUACCAUACAAUUUAUGUGUUAACGUUAUUGGUUGGGUGGUCCUAAUGUGCGGAUUUACACUAUUAAGAAAACUUGCAUGGGACUAUGGGCGUAUGGCUACAUUUCAACCUAGGAAAAAUAGGUGGACUCUAUUUUCAGAAAUAAACGAUGAAAAUGUCAGUACUGACAAUGCUUCCAUUGAUAGUGUAGAACAAACUCCAUCUACUAAUGAUCCUGGUUAUUUUUCAUGGAUUGUUAGUUAUUUCAAGUUAACAUCGGCAGAUUUACAAUUAAAAGCAGGAAAUGAUGCUGUUCAAUAUCUUAGAUUUCAUUUCUAUUUAAUUAUUUAUACAGCAAUCACUACAGUUUUCUGUUUGGUUGUUAUACUUCCAGUAAAUAUACAUGGUACACUAAAAUCUCCUGACUUACAGAAAUUCGGUGUUACGACCAUAUCAAAUAUAUCGUCUAAUUCAUCUAGUCUAUGGGUGCAUACAAUUUUUGGCAUUGGAUUUUUCUUGUUGGCAUUUUUUUUAAUGCAACAUUUCUCGAGGCAAUUUCGUCGAGAGUCGACUCGAACACCGAAUUUUUCAGAUAAAACAUUGAUGAUUUCCGGGAUAUCACGUACGAAUUGUUCACGAGCACUCAUUUUAAGGCAUUUUGCAGAACUUUAUCCUGAAUGUCCUGUUGAAGAUGUACAAAUUUGUUAUGAUACUCGAAAACUGAUAAAACUUGAAAAUCAAAAAGAUACUGUAAGAGCUGCUCUACGUUACUCUGAAGAAAGUUACGAACGUAAACGUAAACGUCCAUUUAUUAUACCAUGUUGUUGUGGUUGGAUGUAUAAAAAAUGUUAUGAAAAUAAUUGUUGUCGUAGUUGUUGUUGGAAUACUAAUAAUCAAAUAGAUUCUUCACAAAAUUAUAUUUCCAAUAAUAAUGAUAAUCAUAUAGAUAAUAUUGAUGAUACUGUGCCAAGAUCUGAAGCUGUUAACAAUGAAUUAUCUUCAUCAUCUUCCUCUUCUCCUUCUUCACCUAAAAUAAAUUAUAAUAAAUGUAAAUUAUGCCUUUGUUGUUCAUGUCCACCACCUACUGAUGCAAUCACUUAUUAUACAAAUAAAAAAAUGUAUUUACAAAAAGAAAUUGAAAAACAAUAUGAAACAACAAUUAAAAAACCAAUUGGUAUUGCAUUUAUAACAUUCUCAACCAAAUAUGCUGCAGCUUAUGUAUGUAAGGAAUAUCGUAACAUUUGUCGACGUUUAAUUAUAUCUAUAAUGUCUAGUACUAGUACUAGUUCAGUAUUGAAAAGUCAUAUGUGGUCUGUCGAUUUUGCACCUGUUCCAAGUAAUAUUAUUUGGGCGAAUCUAGCAGCUACGAGAACUGUGUGGUGGUGUCGAGCAAUUUUUAUUAACUUGUGUGUUUUCUUCGUGGUGUUUUUUCUUACUACUCCUACAUAUGUAUUGAAUUUAGUUAAUACAUUGCACUUAACUGAACGUCUACAAAUUAAUAAUCCACUAUUGAUUCGAUUUUUCCCAUCUAUUAUUCUUUGGUCCGUGUCUGCUUUAUUACCUUACAUUGUAUUCAAUUCAGAUCGACUUGUUGGUCAUUGGACUAAAUCUGUUUUACAUUUAACUGUAAUGAUUAAAACAUACACUUUAUUAAUUCUAAUGAUUUUAGUACUUCCAUCACUUGGCCUUACAUCAAUACCUGCUCUACUUCAGUGGCUUUUCCCGGAAAUGCAUAUCAUACCACUUGUCCCAGCAAAUAAUGGUUCAAAAAUUAUUAAUAUUUCAACCAUCAAUAAUAUUACUAGUAAUAAUGAUAAUGCUACUAAUAAUAAUUCAAGUACACCAUCUUCAUCGAGUCCAUUUAUUCCAAUAGGACCACAGUCAUUUCAAUGGGAAUGUGUUUUUAUGCCAGAUAAUGGUGCUUUCUUUGUCAAUUAUGUAAUCACUGCAGCAUUUAUUGGAACAUCAUUAGAACUUGUUCGAUUUUCUGAAUUAUUUAAUUAUGCUUGCCGUCUUAUGUGUGUUAAAUCACAAGCUGAAAAAGCUGGUGUACGAAAGGCUAGUCAAUUUGAAUUUGAGUUUGGACUGUUUUAUGCAUGGAGUUUAUGCGUCUUCGCUGUGAUCUGUGCAUAUAGUAUUGUAUGUCCGUUGAUUACACCAUUCGGUCUUAUCUAUUUAAUAUUUAAAUAUUUCGUAGAACGUUAUAAUCUCUACUAUGCCUAUUUGCCUAGCCGUAUUGAUUCCCACAUUCAUUGGCUUGCAAUCAGUUGUAUGUUAGCUUCUGUGUUUUUAUUACAAUUAAAUAUAUUCAUGUUUAUUGUUUUACGUGCCAAUACUGUUAGUCAUGCCUUAGUAAUUUGUUCAUUAUUGGGUUUAAUAUUCUCUGCAAUAUUAAUAAUUUUCACGAUUGUUACUGGAUGGAUAAUGGCUGGUAGUAGUUCAGCACGUAAACUUCUAUUUAGAAAUGCACAUUUAGUCCCUACCACUGAAGAUGUAUUCGUUGAUCAGCAUAGUCAGUAUAAUAGUUCAGUCAGUGUUCAACGUAGAGGAUCAAAUUUGAACGAAAUAACCAAUGCACUUGGUGAUCGAAAAUCAUUGGUCGAUGCUACUUUUCCUAUACAUAGAAAUAACAGUGAUCCGAAUCAAUUUACUCAACCAUUAACACUAGAGAAAUCAGAAUCUAAAAAUUUGAUCCGUUCUGUUCCUGCUUCACCAUUAAUACCACCUCCAUCACCUCCUCUUACUCCUCCUACAUGUUCUUUACAAGUAUUUAAUAGAAAUGAUUUAAUUAGACAUUCAUAUCCGGUAAGAAUUGAUAGUAAAGAACAAUUUGUUGCACCGGUUUUAUUACAUUUACAAAAAAGACAUAGUGUAGCUAAUUAUAUGAGUACACAAUCUAUGAUUAGUUCACUAUCAGAGAAUAAUUCUAAUCAUCCAUCUCAAUCAGAAGAUCAUAAUAAUUAAAUGAAAUACAUUCAGUAUUCUUUCUACUAUUCCUUUUAUAACAACGAGAAUG